UCCGAGCCGCCGCCCGCCGAUGGCGAGGCGCGCUGCCGUGCCCUGCCGGUAGCACCGGCGCCUACACGGGGCUCACGGGAGGGGCAGCACCGCGGCGGGUAUCUCUGAGCUCUGUGUGUGACCCUGCGCUGGGCCGGUCACAGAAGCUGGGCUAGACAUCGCUUGGCGGCUGGCUCUGACUCCUGAAGGAAGUAAGAGAAGAUCGAAAAGUGCAUGUGUGGAGUAUUUUCGGAAAACUGGGGAGAUGAUGCUAAAAGCAGAUUUUGAUGUCCCAGCUCGUUGCCAGAGGAGUACCCGUUCGAGGGUGAAAAGAUGCAGUACAAAAGCGAGAACUGUUUCAGAGAACGAGGAUUGUCACAGUCAGGUGCAAGGCCUCGGUAUGCAAAAUGGUGAAGAGGACAGAAUUCAAAACAUUCAGACUGGAAAUGAACACCUGGAAGACGUUACACCCACUCCGGAAAGCAAAGAUUUGAUCAUGAAAGGCAUAAACCCGAAGGACUGUUUGAAAACCAGGAAAAAGGGGGCAGGUGGGAAGGGUGCUCAGAAUAAGAAAACUGGAAAGAGCUCAGAAAAGAGGAAUCGAGACAGUACCCAAAACAAAAGACAGAGAAGAGCGUGUAACAAACAGGAAACUGAGGGCGUUCAAAACAAGAAAUUCUGUGGACAGAGAGACGUGUGUGUCGCUGAUAGUCGGGGUGUAGCUGAUCAGAAUGCAGACCCUGCGGGCCUGGGAAGAACUCUGUUAAGGGUUUCCAGGUUGCGGUCAGGCACAGAGCUGAGGUCAGCGGCAGCUCGCUCGCAAAGGCAGCUGGAGAGCAGAGCAGGGGGGAAGUGUGUGGAGACAAGUUCUGAUGAUGCGUCUUCUGCAAAAUCUGAGGAGAAAACCAAUGGAUUGAAAGUAGGGAAAGAGGUGGAUCAAGGGAAUUCAGGUAACCGUGAUUUUAAAUCUGACACUGAAAUGGAUGCUAACGUCCUGCAGCCGUGUGACAAGAAAAGCUUCACAGCAGUUAAAAUGCCACCAGAAGAGUCUAUCCCACAAACACAAGUGGAUAGGAGGAAAACGAGUCCAUAUUUUUCAAGUAAAUACAGUAAAGAAGGUAAAUCCAUCCUUUACUGCCCAGUAAAUUUUCCUGUGUUGCCUCUGUGUCCAGCUCCCAGCCCACCCAGAAGGAAGGCCUUCAGAAAAUGGACUCCACCGCGUUCUCCUUUUAAUCUGGUCCAAGAAACACUUUUCCAUGAUCCGUGGAAACUUCUUAUUGCAACCAUAUUUCUCAAUAAAACUUCAGGUAAAAUGGCAAUUCCUGUGCUCUGGGAGUUCCUUAAGAAGUAUCCUUCUCCUGAAAUAACCAGGACUGCAGACUGGAAAGAAAUGUCAGAGCUGCUCAGACCUCUUGGCCUCUACGAACUCAGAGCAAAAACGAUCAUCAGGUUCUCAGAUGAGUACCUGAGCAAGCGGUGGAAGUACCCCAUCGAGCUGCACGGCAUCGGCAAGUACGGGAACGACUCCUACAGGAUCUUCUGCGUCAACGAAUGGAAGGAGGUGCAGCCGCAGGACCACAAGUUAAACGUGUACCACGCGUGGCUCUGGGAGAACCGGGAGAGGCUGAGCAUCGACUGAGAGAAGCCAUGAGCGCCGCUUCUCCCCGGACGGCUGUGUGCAGUGGGUGUCCCUGCUGCGUGGCUCUGAUUGUCAGGUUCUUAAUUUAAAUAUCCGUGCCAUGGACUUGGCGUGGCUCAUUGUAAAUAAAUGUUUAAAAUAUCUGUAUUUUUUUUAAUAAACGUAUGCCCACUUUUGUAGCCCGGA